AUGGAUGAGGAAGAUGAUCAGCCACGAGGAACUACUCAGGUAAACACACCGAACGUGAGUCAUGGUGGGGACAGGGCUAGAGCCAAUAAGCCACAAGACAAGUUGACACAAAUGCCCAAAACGAGCAAGGGUGCGAAAGAGGCAGGGAACGGACAAACGAAGAAACCAAUAAACACCGCGAAGAACCCGUUGACUACGAGUGAUGGAGUUGGUAAGCAAGGGGAAGCACACCCGGGUAGCAUGGACCAUCUAGUAAGCGAGCAGCAGCAGGCCUCCCCAGCACGCCAGCAGGCCGCGAACCAGAUGGAUACGGGGGAAGGAGCAAGGAUCCCUCAAGCUCCGCACCCACACUUCCACCUUGAUGCGAACAAUAAAACCCUGAAUGCAGCAGCCCUGGGUAGGCCACCGAACAUCGCCAUCGACGAGGCCUCGAACUCGGGAGAAGUACCCAAUCCAACAGUGAACCCGGCGUCCGCAAGGACCAGCGAUGGCUGUGGCCAUCAGUGA